CUCUUCUUAUUGGGGAAGAAACUGGACUGUCACUGCGAGAAUUAGACUGUGAUUGGUCUUUGCAUCCAGGGGAUGAGUUUCCUGGGCGCGCGGUGCCUGAUGGACGGCAGCUAACGGAUUGGCUAAAGGGAAGCUUGUUGUAGGAUUGGCUGCGAACCGAGCGCUGCAUGGCAGCUUCCUCUUAGAUUUUGUGCCCAGUGGGCGUCCGACAGCCUUGUGAAGUGGUGCUAUUAUGUUCCCAUUUUACAGACGAAGAAAUUGAGCCUGAGAGUGGUUGACUAAAGACUUGAUUUCUGAUAAGGGGAAUUCAGAAGCCAACAGAACAUUUAGGAUGAAUCCAGGAAGAUGUGAGUCUCUGGAUGACUUGCCUGACCUCUACACGAUCUUCAGAGGAGAGUACUAAGGAGUACAAAAAUGACAUUACCUAAUAAUACAAAAAAUUGGAGGUUGUUACAGUAACAGAAUAUGGAGCCUUUAUCAAAAUUCCAGGCUGCAGAAAGCAAGGCCUCGUCCAUCGGACCCACAUGUCAUCCUGUCGAGUGGACAAGCCCUCUGAGAUAGUGGAUGUUGGUGACAAAGUAUGGGUGAAGCUUAUCGGCCGGGAGAUGAAAAAUGACAAGGUUAAGCUGUCCCUUUCCAUGAAAGUUGUCAACCAAGGGACUGGGAAAGACCUUGACCCCAACAACAUUGUUACCGACCAGGAAGAGAGGCGAAAGAGGACCUUCAAGGAUUACACAGGACAGAAGAUCACUCUUGAGGCUGUCCUGAACACAACCUGCAAGAAGUGUGGCUGCAGAGGUCAUUUUGCCAAGGACUGUUUCAUGCAACCAGGGGGAACCAAAUACAGUCUAAUACCUGAGGAAGAGGAAGAGGAAGAGGAAGAAGCAGCAGCAAAAGCAGAGGUCAAGGGAGAAGAGAAGUCUGUACACACAGAAAAAUCUUCCCGGAAGAGAAAGAAAGAAAAGAAAAAGAAAAAGAAACUCAAGAGCAAGAAGGAGCCUUCCUCCAGCAGCUCCGACUCAGACAGCAGUGAGGGUCAGACGGCCAGCAAGAAGGCCAGACACCUGGCAAGGGAAAGCAAGAGGAAGAUGAAAAAGCACAGGAAAAAGCACCAGGCGUAAAAAAGGGUGAACUUCCUUCCCUCCCACCAGAUCCUCCUGCAACAGUGCCCUGACUCCAGACUCUGGCAUGUAUGCCUGGCCCACCCCUGUCCCCACGGGCCAUCCCCUCUCCCAGCCACAUUCUCCAUAGAGCCCCAUCUCAGUUAUUGGCUUGCUGCCUCCAGGCAACCCCUGCAAGGGCUCUUCCCCACCCAGCAGGCCUUGUUAACCCCUGGAGCUAACACUUUUUUGUCCAGUGGUGGGUCUGGUUCCUCUGGCCCAGCCUCAGGGUUUGAGGCUGGCUGUAGACCCCUGACCAUGGACACUGCUACAGGAAGAGAGGUGCUUUUUUUCCCUAACGUUUUUUAUUUUUUCAGUUACAUGUAGAAGGUUUUAAGAGGCCUGCUUUUCAAUCAAGGCAGGAGUGCAGAUGGCCACUAUCAGCCCUGGCCAGUCCAGAGCCAGGCUUCUUCCCCGGCCUGGGGCCAGGCAGCCCCUUCCCGUUCCCAUCACAUUCAGCAACAGGAGAAGGACAGACAGCACCGGCUUGAUCAGAUUCUGGGAAGAGAUUGUUUGCAAGGAGUCAGCUUGUGGUCUCAUCCCCUUAGGUCAUUAAAUCUGAGAAAUGAUGCUGUCACACAUAGGGCUAUUGUUCAGCGCCAGCACUGAUGAUCGGGCAGGUGGCUGAGCACCAAGGUUACUUCAUUUCCUCCCUCAGCUGCCACCACUAACUAGGACCUUUGGCUUGGUGCUUUAACACUUAAUGGCCUGGGGAUGUCCACACUAAGUCAGGUACCAACGUGGAGAGCCUCUGGCCUGCCUAAGGAAGAAUGAUCCUGCCUAGACAGAUCACAGCUCUUGUGCCUCUCAGCAGUUAGACCAGGCCUGCGCCCCCCAAAAGAAAAAAAAAAGCCCUAAAAACAAUUUCUAAGGAUGGAGAGUUUUCUAAAAACCUUAUUAUCAUCUUCAGGGUGACUCAGAGUCUGCCUUGCUAGAUGCUAGUCCUUCCCUGUGUUUUUAUGGAGGCGUCCAUGUUGCCAGGAGCUUGAGCAGGUCCCCGUCCCACUGCCAGCCUUUGUGGGUCUCCCCAAACCUCUUAGUAUAACAAAUUUCCCUUCUAAUUAGCAAACAGCUCCCAAUCUCUGGAGGUGUGUGGCAGAGACACAGAGGGAGUGUGUGUGCCUGUCCCACCCGGCCCCAGUGUGAUGAGCUCAGAGCCUUCUGUUGGCACUUCCCUCUGAAGUCUGCACAGUUAGCUCACGGCCCGGGCCACGACGAGUCAUUUCUCUCCAUCAGUCAUUCUGAGCCCCAGUGCCGGGGAGGGAGGAUCCUGGUGCCCAGCCGUGGAAUAGAAGGCCGAGAGCCUCAGGAAAGCUAGGCCAGGCCGUGCUGGGCAUCGGGAUCUGACCCAGGGCUUGUGGCGAAGCCUGGGAAAGCACUAGGUUGUCUAUGCUGGUGUGAUCCAGUGCGAAAGAGAAGCCUGAGGGGGAGAUGAUGAUUGUCUUCAAAUAUUUGAAGAGCCACCAUGUGAAAACCUGGACCCACUGGUGGGCGCAAUGUGAGCCUAUCCUCAGGGUAAGGGCAAAGGCCCCAGCCCUCUCUCCAGGCUCCCUUGACACAGAGGACAAUUCCUCCAGGGUGGGGGCACAAGUGGGAAACGUGGGGGUGGCCCCUUCUGCCUGUGAGAUUAGUCUUUAAAGGGUGAUGAGGUGUAGAAGGUGUCAGCAGUUGGGGAAAGAAGAGCGCUGUAGAUUCAGACGGGCCUGUCCAUUAGACAGCGAUCUUGCUCCAGCUGCAUGUGGCUUGGAAUCAUUGCUACUUGCCCUUGGUUUCUGACCAACACCUAACUCCCGGGCCCGGCAGCCUCUUUGGCCACUCCAGGCCAAGCUCAAGGACACCCCCCAACAAAGGCAGUAAAGCAGCUGUUGCACCCGAGACUGACUGUGGGAUCUGCUUUAUUGGCUUUGGCCCAGCCAUCAGAUGCCAUUAAAAAAAAAACAACAAAAAACCACAACAGAAUGGGCUUCAACUAGGACCAGGACAGCACCAUGUUUUCCAUUUCUGGAGGGUUCCUUGACCAGAGUCAAUUGGUACAAAACAUGGGGGUGGGGAGGGGAGAUGGGGGGAGUGAAGAAAUGAGGCAAUCUGGUGUUGAGUUCUGUGGUAGGUGGCCAUCGGCAGAGUUGACAAUGAACAGGUGGCCUGGGUUCAAGCAGUUUCCUUCUCAUAGGUCCUAACACAGACCACACUGCCGUGGGUUAGUGUCUGGAAGAAAAGAUAGCAUUGUUAAGAAUGCUGGGAGCAGGGAAAGGAAUCCUGGGCAUCCUCUAAAGUUCAAGGAAAGGAGCAUUUGUCCUCUAGAGGAGGGGCUCUCCAGCUGUUCUCUGUGCUUUAUCUCCCCCCACCCACCCACCGCCCAUCACCACAAGGAGGUGGAGCCAAAGCCAGAGCCCAGGCCUGCAGAAACCUCCCCCUCCUUGGGGCAGUGGCAGCAUUCCUUCCUUUCCAUGAUGGUAAUGUAACUAUCCAGGCACACUGAGCAAAGAAGGGACCACCCCUGGGCAAACCUAGGAGCACCCAGAUAUUGUCCAUACCAGGAAAUGGCUCUACAACCCACCUGUGCCCUGUGACCCAAUCAGUGAGAUCCAAGUUACCCACAAGGCCAGCCUGCAACAUUGCUCCAUCCCUACCACAGGAAGGAGCAGCUCACAGCAAGCCCCCAGAAUGAGAUACUGUCCCAGUCUGGGAAGAUGAGGAUGAGAUCCCCACAAGGAUUAAGUAGGCCACAAUUAGCCAGAUGAGUGGGUGUUCCCAGCAGAGGUGGGUGAGUGAGGUUCAGGCCCUGGCAUCAGGAGGAUGGAGUACUUGCCUUGUUUGGGGGCUAUUUAGGGAACCCCCUAGGAAUCUUGUCUGGUUCUGUGACAAGCUGAGUCUCUUCCAGCACAACAGCCCCUGGGUCUGGGCUCUAACCAGGCCCUAUUUCAUGGACUUGGGAAAGAAGAGACCUCAGAGCUCUUUUAGUCUUUCCUCUCCCCGAAGCACAUCUCCCUCUACAACAUUCCCCUCUAAAUGACAACAGCUUCUGUGGGAGUCCAUUCCAUUUUGGAACAGCUCUAUUGUUAGGAAAAUCCUUCCUCUAUUGAUUGAAUUAGAGAGAAGCUGUUUAACCAGGAAGAGCUGAGUUCAAGUCCCUCCUUUGACCCUGGCUGGGAUCUUGGGUAAGUCCUGCAUUUUCUCAGGCUUUGGGAGCUUUCUAAGACUGAGCUACAGAGAAGGUGCCCACCUUUCUAUCUGCAUUGCUUUUGGAAAGAGAAUUUGACUCCUCUGAGCUCCAAGCUGUGUCAGAAUAUCCCAGGUUGAAACCCUGUACCUGUGCUUCUGUCUGUCUGAUUUCUGGUCUUGAUUGUACCCGCCAGGUACUAAUCCUUCAGCAAUGGCAACCCUUUCGGUAUUUCAAGACUGAAAUGAUUCCUCUAGGUCUUCAGGUUAACCUAUCCCUGAUUUCUCUGAUCAUUCCUCACGAAAAGGCUUCACGUCUCACCUUCCUGGUUCACCCUUAUCUGGGCACUUCAAUCAAUGGAAAGGAUGCUGUGUGCAGAGAUUGGAGACACUGAGGUUUGAAUCCUGCUGCCCCUGUGUUGCUGUGGGCCUCAGUUUUCCGUCUUUGUAAAAUAGAUUAAAAUAAAACAAAAAACCUGCAUACCCUCAA